GCAUUCAACACAUUAUUGGGAGGCUCACAUCGAUCUUGUGUGGAUUCACUAUGAGGUGUCUCUCAAAACUUCUGGUUCCAAUUGGGAUUGAAGUUAUAAAGAUAGUUGUUUAUGCUUAUGAGUAUUUAACAUGGCCACUGUACUACUUAUUCAGCAAAACAUUGAGAUAUAUGCCGCUGCCCAACUCUCCUGUUGACAGCGACUGGACAUAUAAUGAAGAAGAAAGUCGGACUUUGGCACUUCCUGUACGUGAAGGUGAUCCCGGUUCGCCAUGGAGAGCAGUUGAAGCCCUCGAUGGUCUGACGAGUUCACUUCCUGGAUGUAAAGAUUUGGUUGAUGUUUGGCUCCGCACAGUUAAGCUGUGGCCUGAUUUGCCUGCGUUUGGAACAAGAGCUGUCCUACGCACGGACUACCGACUGAGUCCUGACGGACGACAACUGAUUGAGCUCACUUUGGGUGAGUACUCUUGGGAGACAUUUUGGGACGCUGAACGUCGAGUAUCUCAUCUAGCAGCUGGUUUGUAUUCAAUGUUGGGGUCCGUUAAGGAAAAUAAUCAGCCCAUUGCCCUAUUUAGUGAAACAAGAGCUGAGUGGAUGUUUGCUGCUCAGGCCUGCUUUCGUCUCAACCGACCUGUUGCUACUUUGUACGCUACUCUCGGUGACGAUGCAUUGGUACAUGGAUUUAAUGAAACUGAAGCUGUGGUCGUGUUCACAAGCGAUGAGCUCUUAUCAAAAGUAAUUAAAAUUGUUCAACGAUGUCCUUCAAUUCAACGUAUUAUCUACUUCACAAAUGGAGUUUUUAAUCGAGAACUUUAUACAGAAGUUGACAACCUCGCUGUUCCUUCUGAAAGUGCUACCGCUAGUGUUGCAGAAGCUCUGACAAAAUGUCCGUCAAAUUUACAUCUACACAAUAUAGUCGAAGUCGAACGUUUGGGAGCUGCAGUAAUCAUGAAAGAUAGAGAAAGGCGAAAAAUGGGUGGUUCCACACCAAUUACAGGGAAUAAUAAUCACUCAUCAAACGGUUAUGAGGGUUUAUGGAUGCCUCCUGCAUCAGAACGUGCCAGUCCCUCGGAUUUAGCUGUGAUUAUGUACACAAGUGGAUCAACAGGUCAACCUAAAGGCGUUGAAAUGACCCAUGAAAAUUUAGUAAGUGCCAUAGCUGGUCAUCUACAACGUUUACCGAAACUUCGUAGUAAUUACGACAUAUAUGUCGGAUAUCUACCACUAGCUCAUGUUUUAGAGCUUACCUGUGAAUUAUCCUGUGUCAUUAUGGGUGUACGAAUUGGUUACUCGAAUCCACAGACAUUAACAGACACUUCAUCCCGUAUUAAACGAGAUCACUGCUUGGGUGAUGUCAGUCUUCUUCGACCAACUCUUUUUGCCAGUGUGCCUACUGUAUUAGAACGUAUUUCUAAGGCUGUUUGGGAAAAAGUAAACGCUGGCGGUGAAUUUCUUCAAGCUCUCUUCAAAUUUGCAUAUGCCUACAAAUGUCGACGAAUUCACGGUGGUUUUCCAAGUUUCCUCGUGGAUCGAUUGGUUUUCCGUAAAGUUAGAUCGCUCAUGGGUGGGCGAAUUCGUUAUAUUGUUUGUGGUGGUGCACCGUUAUCAGAAGAUUCACAAUUAUUCACAAAUAUAUGCAUUGCACCUAUUAUACAAGGUUAUGGGCUUACUGAGUCAUGUUCUACUGGCACUUUGAUGGAAUGUGGGGAUCUGCGAUGUAAUCAUUCUGGAGCACCUGCUUCUACUCUACAAAUUCGUCUAAGAGCAUGGCCUGAAGGUGGGUAUUCUCCCUAUGAUACACCGUCUCCACGUGGGGAGAUUCUUUUAUCUGGUAAACCGGUUUCUCGAGGCUAUUACAAACAGCCUGAAUUGACAGCUAGAGAUUUCAUAACCGAUCAAGACGGCACACGUUGGUUUUGUACUGGGGAUAUUGGUCUGAUGCAUACCGAUGGAAGUUUAUCAAUUAUUGACCGUAAAAAAGAUCUUGUUAAACUACAAGCUGGGGAAUAUGUUUCCCUUAGCAAAGUUGAAAUGGCUCUUAGUCAAUCAGUCUAUGUUGAACAAAUUUGUGUUUAUGUGGACCCGAUGCAAAAUUAUCCAAUCUGUUUCGUGUCGCCGAAAUUAAAAUCGCUUACUGACUUAGCAGAAUCUUUGAACUUAGUUCACUUACUUCAUGAAGCUCGUUCAAAGCUUCCUAUAGAAUCAAUGAAAGAUCCCAUUGCUAUCGAACAUGUAGAACGGGCUGUUCUCUGUAAACAUCCUCAAAUUAUACAAGCUGUAUUAAAAGAUUUACAACGAGUUGCUAGAGAAAAACGUUUAAGUACAUUUGAAAUACCACAAAAAGUUGCUUUAGAUACUAUAGCUUGGACACCAGACACUGGUCUUGUAACGGAUGCAUUAAAAUUAAAACGUUUCAACUUACAAACUCGUUUUCAACAUGAAAUUGAAGAACUUUAUCAGAAGGAUACACGAGCGUAAUUAUUAAAUUAAUAAUAAAUAUCCUUCAUCAAAUGAAAUAUUGAAAUGUAUGCAGUACAUUCCGUCUUCAUCAUUAGUAUUUAAUAUAUAUGUGGAUGGGUAUAAUAUCAACAGCUUAUUUGUAUUAAACCUUUGAAAUAGACUCAAACAGUUAUCAAUUAAAUCAUAUAUAUAUAUAUAUAUAUAUAUAUAUAUAUAUAUAUAUAUAUAUAUAUAUAUAUAUAUAUAUAUAUAUAUAUAUAUAUAUAUAAUCGAUUCAUUUAUCUUUAGUUUUACCAGUCAGUUGUAUACAAGUCAUUGAACAUAUUCAUUAUGGUCGUCAAAAAACGUUGUAUGCAUAUGAUUCUCAAGUUAUAUACAUACAUAAUAAAUGGUACUUGAAUGGUUUACGUUUUUCUUCUCUGUCUUCAUAUCAACCACAUUCGUUUGUGACUUCCUUAAAUUUCUCUGUGGUAUACUUCUCUCGCUCAUUCUGAUUUGUCAGCUUUCGUAGAGUUGUAUCUGUCAUCAGUUCGUAUGUCUUCUUCCUGUUUAUCUUGAUAACAGUAGUAAUAUUAAUACCAAUGAUAAUUAUCGUACCAUUGACGAUCAAACUAGUGUAUUUAAAAUGGUUAUCUCCAAAGGUACACGUCUUUUUCAUUCUGUUUUGUUCGAUCUUUAUUUUCACUCGUUAAUAUGAUUAAUACUAUACAUGUUUCAUAUAUAUUAUUUACUUGCUUUUAUUCUGUUUCUUGUCUAAAUAUUUACCGUCUCACCUAUUGAUUUUUUCUUUGUAGUUUAAUGUAUUUCUAUUUGUCUUGAAGACAUUUGUGUAUGUUUUAUAAUCUUAGUUCGAUGUUCAAUUAUUUUAUUGUUUUUUUUUGGCAUUAAAUGUAACAAAUGGUGUAACUCAUUCAUCUCAUAAGUUUAUUAUUAACACUUCGUUAUCAAUUUAAUUUAUUGGAUUAUUUGAUGUAGUUUAUGUCUAUCUGCAUCUAUAUUUACGAACAUCUAAGAAAGAUUAUGGAAAAAAAUUAGUAUCUUCAGUACAUUCACCUUAUUUCCACGCAUACACAUUUACUCUUUCAUUCAUUUUUCACCAAUCUUUGGAAAAUAAACAUCGUUGCUUUAUUUACAGGCAACAUUAGUUGAUAACGAGUCUUUGUGUCUGUAUUGAUUUCACUUACUAUUUACUUCAUCCUUUUGUAAAUUUUCAUAAUUGUUUCCUAUAAAGUAAAAAUUAUUCGC